AUGUCAAGCCUCGAUGAUCUCUUCAAGGCAAGCUUUCGAAAUGAAAUAUACAAAUCCGCCAAGCUCGCCCCCAAUGGCCACGCGAAAUUCAAUGGCAAACAACCCGCUGUCUCAGAACCAGAAGACGAAGAUAUGGAAGCAGGACCAACAGCACCUCCUGACGACGACGAAGACUACGGCCCCGACAUACCAGACGAUGAAGAAGGACGAUUCUUCGGCGGAGGCGUAACGCAAGAAGAAAAUGAAAUACUAGAUUACAUGGAAGGACAAGAGUCUGCCGACAUAGCGCCGGAGAAAAUAGAUACAGCGUGGCUUCGCAAACUGGCUUUGAAUUUCGAGAAGAAGAUUACGAAGAAUGCGGAGCUGAGAGCGAAGUUUGAGGACGAUCCUACGAAGUUUAUGGGAAGUGAAGCCGAUUUGGAUACUGAUGUUAAGGCAUUGAGUAUCCUGGCUGAGCAUCCCGAGCUUUAUGGGGAGUUCGCGAAGCUGGGUUGUGUGGGAAGUUUGGUGGGCUUGUUGGCGCAUGAGAAUACAGAUAUUGCGAUUGAUGCUAUUGAGAUCGUUGCCGAGCUGACGGACGAAGAUGUUGAGGCCGAAGAAGUACAAUGGAGGGGCAUUGUGGAUGCUAUGGUUGAGGCCGAUUUACUUGACCUUCUGGUGUCGAAUUUUAGAAGGUUUGAAGAGGGCAACGAGAGUGACAGGAGUGGUGUCUAUCAUGCACUCUCCGUGUUGGAGAAUCUUGCUUCGCAAGUGUCACUGUCAGAGAAGAUAGGACAGGAUACAGAAGUACUGAAGUGGCUGCUACAACGGAUACAGAAGAAAGAAUCACCAGUCACGCAAAACAAACAAUACUCAGCCGAAGUUCUCGCCAUCCUUCUCCAAUCCUCGCCCCUGAACCGGCGGAAACUUUGCGAGUUAGAUGGAGUCGAUAUACUCCUUCAACUACUAGCCGCUUACAGAAAACGAGAUCCAGUAAAGGGAACAGAAGAAGAAGAAUUCGUGGAAAACGUCUUCGAUUCCCUGACCUGUGUCGUCGAUGAAUCAGAAGGGAAGCAAAAAUUCGUCGAAGCGGAAGGUGUGGAACUCUGUCUCAUCAUGAUUCGAGAGGGCAAGAUGAGUAAACCUCGAGCGUUGAGACUUAUGGACCAUGCGUUAGCAGGGCAGGCUGGUGCAGAAGUGGCUGAGAAGUUAGUUGAUGCUGCGGGGCUCAAGGUGGUGUUCAGCAUGUUCAUGAAGAAGCAGGAUGGAGCUACUACUGAGCAUCUCCUGGGCAUAUUCUCUAGCUUAUUAAGAGCGUUACCAGCUGGAGAGGCAGGGAGGAUAAGAACGUUAGCGAAGUUCGUAGAGAAGGAUUACGAGAAGAUCGAGAAGCUUGUUAAGCUUCGAAGGGAUUACGCGAAGAAGGUAGCGGCGGUAGAUGAUGAGAUUAGGAGUGAGCAGACGAAGCUUGAUGCUGAGGAGAAAGAGGAGAUGGCGGAUGAGUGGUUGAGUAGGAGGUUAGACGCUGGGUUGUUCUGUUUGCAGACAGUGGAUGUUAUCCUUGCGUGGCUGGUGGCUGAGGAUGCAGGUGCCGAGAAGAGGAUAAGGACUCUGUUUGCGGAUAGAGAUGAGACACUGGCGGUGGUGAAGGCUACGAUUCAAGAACAACUUGAUACAAUAGUCGGAGAUACGGAGGAAGAGACGAUGACAAAGGAAAUGCUGACAACAUUGGUGCAAUUCUUGACAUAG